AAAGGAGGAAUUGCAGUCAACAGCAUCCCAACCUCAACCAAUGAGGCAUAUGGGAAGGUGAGGGAGAGGGGAGGGGUCCGUUUUACAACCUCUACCAAUGAGGCAGCUGGGGAAGGAGAUGGAUACGAACUGGUGAAUUUCCCUUGCAGAGAAUCACCUCUUCUUCCAGCUGGUGCAGAAGAAGACCCUGUGUAUGAAGUCAUUUCUUGAGACCAGUGACUGCACUCAUGUGCUUUUGUUCAUGUAGCUUAUUGGCUAGAGUUAGUGAGAUAGUGCCCUUUAAUAAUAGUGUAUACAGUGGUCAAAUUCUACUCUUACAAUUAUGUGCAAUUGACAAGAUCAAAAAUGUGGCAUAAAAUAGACAAAGUAUUAUAUGGAUAUUGUGUUCAAAGUUAAUGUCCCAAAAAGAAAGACUGUUGUAUGUGUCUUAGCUG